AUGAUGUCUGUGGCGGAGUACCCUGAGGAAGCUCAACGACAGUUUCUCAGCUUUCUUCGCGACACAAUCAGCCCACAACUUGGCUGUCGUCCGGAUAGCACGUCAGGGCAAAGCGGGAUGGCCUGGGAUGGUAGUCCAAUCGAAUACAGCUUCGAACUCAAAGGUUCAUCUAGCACGCCAUCAGUCCGGUUCGUGAUUGACUUGGCCAAACUCCGCCCUCUCGAUAGCAGUUAUCCUUUGAGUAUCAUGAACACACAGAAUAUUGUAGAUGAACUUUCCCAGAGAAUAGAAGGGUUCAACGAUAUUUGGUAUCAAAAUCUUGUGAAGCGGUUCACACACUCGGACCUUGCGUCUGAAGAUCAGAAAAGCCUUGCCGCCAAAACUGACCAUCAGUCCUCAAUAAUGAUAGGAUUUGACAUCCAUCGGAAGCCUGCAUCACGCGGCGGACUACCCGUAAUGGGCAAAGUCUACUUCCUGCCCUGCUUCGCCGCCGCUCAUGAGAGUACAACAAGAUGGCAGGUCGUGCGAUCAGCUAUUCGUCAGCUGCCAGGGAUAGAUAAACAAUCUAAUAUCCUCCGCGCACUCAGCAUGAUCGAGGAGUAUCUCGCUGAGAAGCCGAGAGACUGGGAAGAUAGCGCGCGGUAUCUGGCAACUGAUUUCGUCAAACCGGGAAAAGCUCGCUUGAAGCUUUAUUUACGAGCGGCUGGGGGCAAGUUUGAGGAGGUCUGGGACUACUACACGCUGGGUGGGCGGAUCACUGGGCUCGACGAGGACAAGGAAAAGUUCCGCGAGCUGGUUGACUUGACGAGUGGGAGGGGCCAGGUUAAGGAUGAUGCACGACCGUCGACACAUGUUAGGCGAAAGGCUACGACCAUAUACUUCUCUCUGUCAGCUGAUUCCCCGUACCCAGCGCCGAAGAUAUGCAUCUACCCGGCCAGCGUUGCCACAAGCGAUGAGUCUAUUCUGCGUGGCUUGGAUGCCUGGCUCAUGGAAAAUGGCAUGAACAAAGGUGGCGUGUCUAUGGAGGAUAGACUCAAAUGUGUAUUGUAA